AUGUAGAUGAAUUUCCCUACCAGCUCUCUCAAGAAAAGACCAGUGACUCCAAUCAAAUAACAUGUGUCUACAUCUGUCAGUUUAAAGCAAGAAUCUCUCUCUCCUUGGAACUAGAAAAAAUAGAUACCACACAAGAGUAAAUACAACUAAAAUUCCCUCAAAGGGCAUUAUGAUGAGUUUACAACUAAUUAUGAGCUAAGAAAGAUUCGUUAGGAGCAGCAUUAAAUUUAACAAGCUACAGAUCAAAAUUUCAACAUCACCAAUUAAGCAAAAAAAUACAAGAAUACCCGACAAAAUAAUGGCAGUAGGACUCCAAAUGAUGGCAAGAAUCAUGUUUUUAAGCCAGUCAUUAAGGUGAGAGAGUCUAAGUCAGAGGAUCAGAAAAAGAACAGUAUAUUAACAUACUAUUAGAUUGGAAAAAUUUUGUCAAGUGGUAUGAUAGGAAUUGUUUACUUAGGAAGAUGCAACUCAACUAAAAUUCCGGUGAGUUUGAAGGUAAUGAGCAUUCAGAGAAUUAAUGAGAAGAAAAUCAUGCAAAAUCUUAUAUGCGAGAUUGAAAUAUUAAAAGCAAUCAGGAAACUCAAAGGUUGUGUGUAGCUGAUUCAAUGCUUGAAUGAUGAAAAAUAUAUCACUUUGGUCUUCAGAUACUAUGAAAAAGGUGAUUUGUACCAUAAUCUUAAAAAGCAACCAGGUGGAAUCUAUUAGGAGGAUUUAUGCAAGAGUUUGUUUAGAUAAAUAGUUGAAUCCUUGGUAUAAUUGCACAAAAGACAAAUAGUUCACAGAGAUUUAAAGCCUGAGAACAUUCUCAUCACAGAGGAUUAUGAGACUGUUAUAAUUGACUUUGGAUUUGCUUUAAAGAAGAAUCACCCUAUGUUUCUCAAAUUUAAUGUUGUUGGCACACCUGAAUUCUAUCCCAUUGAGAUGCUAGUAAAGAAAGCAAAUGGAAGAAUUGAGUAUGACGAGAAAGUGGACAUUUGGUGUAUUGGUGUUAUUCUAUUUGAGAUGCUCUAUGGCUAAACUCCCUUCCAUGAUCGGGACAAAGAUAGGAUCAAAGAGAGAAUUGUGAAACUAAUUUAUGAAUUUCCUCACAGUAGAUACUCUUAAGCAGAGGACUUAAUCAUGCAGAUCUUGACACAACCUGAUGAGAGAAUUUCAUUGAAAGAUAUUUUAAAACACAAAUGGUUAUAGAAGAGUAAAGUUUAAAUGAAGAAGGAAGAAUGA